ACACUCACCUUCCUCCCUCCGUACGCCCGCCUUCAAACCCCCUUCUCCUACUCGCUGCACCGACUGCACUAUCCAAUUAGUGUGCGCACUCAUCAUUGGUGGCUCUCCUUUUUGGUCUCACCCUUUUGUGCCCCUCCUUGUCGUGUCGACCGUCCAAUCUUCCUUGCGCAGCCCUCUCCUUUGUUAUCAUCUUUCCUCGCUAUCCUACUGUGUAGCCCUGCUGUCAUUCCAGUGUUAUUCUGUAUCUCUACAUUCGUUUUUUUCUGGCGCCCACAUUCAUCGUGCUCUGUACCUCCACUCUACUCUGCACUCAUCAAAUACUGUCUUAUCCUUCCAUUGAGUCUAAUGCCUACCCUGGCUCCGGUCCAUGACUGCACUCUGGAUGCUCUCGCUACUGUGGCACCAACAAUUUCUGCAAAGUGCUUUGCUAAAGAUCCCGAUGGCUGGAUGGAAGGCAUUGCGGAAGCUUUUGAACGGCUGUCAAGACCCAGACCACCUCACACUGUUGAUAGUUCUGUUCUCCCCCUUCCGUCGUCGGGAAUACAGCCCCGGGAUCUUCACACACCUGAACCACCAGAUCUUGAACACAGUAACCUCCAUCCCUUUGACAACAACACCGUUCAACAUACCGUCAAUGCUGAAGAUCCCACGUCAAAAUCACCGCUUUCACCAGCUACCCAGCCAACUACACAUAUACAAGGCAUCGCGAAGAAGUCACGCAUGUCCGAAAACAUGGUGCCGCCUCCAAAAUCUUCUGGACGUGGAUCGCAACCCUAUUUCCGUGAAGACUCGACGCAACGCCGUCAAAAGCACUGUAGUCACGUGAAGACCGUGAUCAAUGCGUGCAACGGCCUCUGGACUACGUCUCGACCCUUUAUAUACCUAUGGGUCGCAAGACCAGAGUCAAUUAAUACCACUCAAGGAGUUCCCCACAUCUACUCCUCGCCUACUUUUAACCAUCCUAAUCUGAAAAAGGUGACGGAUAGGCUUGCCGCCGAGCUCGAGCGUGCGGUUCGUGAGCAUGUUCGUGAUCCAGGUUCCGAGCAGAUCACUGGCAUGCCGGUCGCCGAUGCUGUAGCUUUGACCUAUAGGAAGCAGGCUCAACAUGACUCGCUUAGUGAACGAGAGGCAAGGCUUGCGGAGCGUGAGGCUGCUCUUGAGAAGGAGGUUGAGGAGUAUCGCUGUCGCCUUCAAGAGACUCGUUAGUAGUCAGCUUAUCCGCUUGAAUUUGGCAUUAUCUACCAUCUUAUUGUUGCCUUACUGCAUCCACUUUUCUUGGCCAAAUAAACUCAUACGACGC